GCAAGUGAGGGACGCAAGGAAUCCAUUUAACCGAAGUGAAACGCGCCCAUAGUAUUACAAAGUUGACCCAGCAACUUCACACCAGUGCGGAAGAGGCACAGCUGCUCUUUGCACAUGGUUUCUUCCAAGCGGUUUGGCUUGUUAAAAACAUCUUACACUUACAAACAUUAUGAUACAGGAAAUGGCUGGCUUUGUGUUUACAGAAGUACCUGACUAUGCCUGACUUUUGUGCUGCCUACGGAUGCUCUAACCGCCGCAGCCUGGAAACAAGAACCCGUGGGAUCACCUUUCACCUGUUUCCCAAAAGCGGAGAGAGGAGGCGGCAGUGGGAAGUCGCCCUCAGAAGGGACGGCUUUGUCGCCUCUGGCAGGACGCUGCUCUGCAGUGAGCACUUCAGGAGUGAGGACUUUGACAGGACGGGGCAGACUGUCCGGCUCAGAGAUGGUGUUGUGCCAACAGUAUUCAACUUCCCAGCUCAUCUUCAAAGGCCGGAAGCAACAAGAAGCACAACGGCUUCUACAAGAGAGGAAGAUGACCUGCCGAUGGACUUGUCUCAGGAUAAACCUCAGCCUAAUGUUAUGCAUAUUACAAUCCGAGAGGGGAGAUCCUUGCCCGACUUACAGCGAUGUACGACGUGUUGCGAAGACUUCCACUGCCCGUUCUGUGCCUCAAAUGUGUUCCAGUCCGCCAAACUGAGCAAGGUCAAAGCCCAUCUAGAGAGCCACUUCAACCGUGCAGUUCUCCAUGAAGGGUAUACCAUUCACAGAUGUGCGUUACAUUGCCGACCGGAAUGGCAUUUCCACUGCUUCUACUGCCAAGCAACGCUGAUGCGCAAAGCAGACUUCCUCAAACACCUGGCUUUGGGCAAGGCGAAGAUAUCUGCCAUAACCCCCAUCCCAGAUCCAUCGACCCCCAUCAUCCCAGAUCCAUCGACCCCCAUCAUCCCAGAUCCAUCGACCCCCAUCAUCCCAGAUCCAUCGACCCCCAUCAUCCCAGAUCCA